AGCUUUGCGUUUUGGCCGCAUGAAGUCACUAAAAUCAAUUUGGGGUUCACUAGUCACUCCUGUAAACCUUUAAUUAACCUGCAUGUCAUUUUCUGUGAGUGUUCUUCGUUAAUAUAAACAAAAUGGUUUAGAACUGUAUGAAACGCUACGAAAAUCGCACCCUUUGUUUGUCCGUUAAAUUACUAAUUUUCAUCGCCUAUUAUCAUGUGGAAGUGUCACAAAUGCGGGAAACCCGUUUAUUUCGCUGAACGUAAACAGUCAUUGGGAUAUGAUUGGCAUCCGGAAUGUUUGCGAUGUGAAGAAUGUGGAAAACGAUUGAAUCCUGGCCAACAUGCAGAGCACAAAGGUGUACCCUAUUGUCAUGUUCCUUGUUAUGGAGCAUUAUUUGGACCUCAACUAUUUGGUCAUGGAACAAGAGUAGAAUCACAUACUAGCUUUGGAAAAAAAGAAAGUCGACCAUCAUUACCAAGAUCACAUUUGGAAUCAAAGUUGAAAGUUUUCAACCAGUAUUAUGAAGGUAAAAGUGGGGGAAUUCGAAGCCGUGAGGUUAAUGGAAGAUUGGUAUUAGAAGGUGCAUUAAGAAUUUAUUGGGGAGUUCGUGGAGUGAUUCAUCUGAAGGAAGAUGACGAUCAACGUACAGUAGUUACAGCACGGAACAGAAAUUCAUGUAGGCACAGUGUUUCUGAGGAUAUUGAAGAUGAGGAUAAAAUAGACGAACUGUCUAAGAAUCCAUCAGACAGUAAUAUGGAGAAUAAUGCAAAGUCCGUCCCGAUGUCUCCUGAUCAUUUGAAAAGUCUCACUCUGCCUAUGAAACUGGAUGUCAAGACUAUGGAAUGGGACGAACUGGAUGAGUUGCUACAGGUCGAACGUAAAGUCGAAGAUGGAAACAAAUUGUAUCAAACUAUGCCCGAGAAUCUCCCGUCGAUAAGUUCGCAGUCCAGUAUGGACACACCACCACUCUCAUCUCAGUCGAGCCUCGAUCGAUCUGAUUCUCGCGAAAAUUCAGAUACAAGCAGUCCAAAUCAUCAAUCGGCUAGCCGGGAUAACGACAGUAGUAUGAACAGCACGCCGACACACAGCAUAGGUAGUUCUUCCAGUACAGACACACCUGUCAAUUUAGGAGCUAAUCGAAACGGUACGCUUCGAAGAGUAGAGUACUUUGACAACUUGGAGAAAGGUAGUGCCGUUGGCGGCAGUAGAUCUAUCGACACUGACGACAGUUGGAUCGAAAAGGGUUUGAACCGAUCUCUGUCAGGUCCCGACUGUCUUCAGAGACACAGAACGGACAGCGACACGGAUUCAGUAAACUCCUUGCAAUUUAGGGAAGAUGAUAACAUGACUAUGUCCACGGACAGUGGAUUAGAGCUGGACGGUGUCGUUUUACGCCGUAAACAAGGUUCCACCGCGAUCAGACGACGACCAGGCGGUAAACGUCAGUCUCGCAGUCGACUACGACGCCGUUGUUCGAUCAAUGGUCACUUUUACAAUCGAGAGACCAGUUUUUUCACUCCGCCUCACGGCUCGCAAAUGUCUGUCUGGGUAACGAGCCUAGUAAAUACCCAGGAAGUAAUCAAUCUUAUGUUGGACAAAUACAAAGUUGACGCCAAGUCCGAUAAUUUUGCAUUAUUUGUGGUGCGCGACAAUGGUGAGCAAAGGAGGUUAAGAGACGACGAGUAUCCUUUAGAAGUGAGAGUGAUCUUGGGUCCGCACGAGAACGUUGCUCGACUGUUCCUGGUCGAUAAAUUGUCUACACCUGAGAUCAGCUCGGACGUCGCACAAUUUCUCAAUCUGUCUCUAGCGGAAUGCCACGGCAUAUUGCAGCGCUACCACUACGAGGAAGAACGUCAGAUUGUUCUCUUGAGAGAGAAAUAUAAAGAAAUGCGAAGAAGAAUAAAGCAAAGAAUGGAGGAGCUGAAAGUCCGUUUGUAAGUGGAAUCUCGAGUAAACAUGUGGAUGUUUACGCAAUUAUUUUUAUAUCGAUAGAACGUUCUCAAUGGCGUUCAUUGUAAGAUAUUCAUGCGGCAAAAAUCUACAAAACGCGUACCGAGACAAGGGUACGUAUCUCUUGCAGCGGUGAAACAUACGAUAUAAAGCAUUUUUGAAAGUGGCGAAAUAACCAAGUACGCUAGAAUAUCAUCUAAUAUCAUCUAAUAUCGUCUAAUAUCAUAUCCGCCUGAUUUUAGCUUAAUUUGUAGCUUGAUGCUUCGUUGUUAAAUUCAUUUACUGUAUUCGUUUGGAGUCUGUUGCAUUUAUCUUUAACCGUUAUACGGAAAUGCUAUUAAAUAAUAUACUUUAGUCGGACGAGGAGAAUCGAAUCUCUAGUGAUUCUGUGAAUUUAUUUUUGUUUAUCAAAUCGGAGAUAAUAUGUGAUGCAUAUAAUAGGAAAUAUGUUAUUCUUGUAGUCCCCACCAUAACUUUCCGAACGAUUGAAAAAUUAACAAGAAGCAGGAACACAUCUUCAAUUCGUUUCGCAACACAGGCGAGACAAAUUGAGGACUCGAACUAUGUUAGUACGAGGUAGUUAUCGAUUAUAUAUUGAUAUUGAAAUUAUAUAACGACGGAGAAUUAUUCGGUACUUUGAAUGUUGUUCAUAAUCGAUCAUACUCACGACGAAUAGGACGUUGUGUUUCAUUGUAAUUUUUCAGCAUUCCGAUAUCUUGACGAAGUGAUAAAAGUAAGCAAUGAGAAGGUAUUUUUCUAUCGGCUUUUUAGAGGGGAUCCUUUUAUCGAACAAGAGGUCACUUUAAUCGAAUAGAGAUCGAUAAUAAUAAUAAUAACUGUUACGAAUUUGAAGUCUUCUAUCCUUUGCAUGUCAACGUGGCCCAGAUAAGUGGACACAGCCUGUGCACAAUUGUUGUCAGAUAUUCUGAUACCGCAGUCCGAGACUAUUGUUGGGCGAAACAAAUUGCAGGGCAAAACAAAAUGCCGCCGAUGCAGCAGCAAUUAAUCGCCGGAACACCGCACGCGUCGCGUCAAUGGAAUCGCCGUUUCAAGCUAGUCAUGUUUCACGCUUAGUCACUGAUAUCGAUUGUCCAUCGCAUUUUCAACUAGAGGCCAAACGAAGCGACGUACACUGAGCCACGUUUACGUACAUUACGAGAUAUAUGUAUAUGUAUAUGUAUACGCUUUCGAUCUGCCAGUUUAGAACAAUAAAUACGCGACACGUCACGGUGUAAUAAAGAUAUAUUGAUAUAACGCAGGUAUUUAGAAUACAUGUGCAUGCUUGGGCUUUCACCGUGUAUAUUAUACAGUGUUAUUAUACAGGGUGUCCCACGCAAGACGGCGCGUAAUCAUUCGAGCGCAAGUAAAACUGGUUAGACUGAAAAAGUCCUGUUCCACUUUUAAAACAAUUACAUAAAAUAUCGAAUUAUUAUUGAAAGAAGAUUGACGAGCCAGCAUGCGCGACGCAUGUGGGACGGUGAAGUCGCAUAGAAAGUGAUUGAUUAUUUCUUAGCAGCGAUCAGUAUUGGAUGCUACGACCAACCAUUGUUUACGCGUCGUCGCGGAAGUUUUUAUACACCUUGCAUACAUAUACACACAUAUAGGCUGUACGAAAAGUUUCGGGACGGCGAAAUAUCUCGGACAAUGUAAAUUUUAUAUAUAAAAAAAAAAUUCAAGUAAAAGUUGUAGAGUUUGAGAAGAUCUAUUUACCUCAAUUAAAGUUUGACCCAGAGCGGCGUUGCCAAAGUCAAGAUCACCUUGAAUGUUCUAAAAUAAGGAAUCCUCUAUUUUACAUAUUCUUAUAACCCUUUUAUAUUAUCACUCGUAUUAUACUAUAUGGUGCUUUGAUGAGGGUGCGUAUCAGUUACUUGAAAUAUUGGUAUUUACUGGGUGCGGACCAAUUGUUUAGAUACAAGAAUGAUCUCAAAUUAGUUAAUCGCCAUCAGCAUUAGCAUUGCCCGAUGUACCUCGCGAGGAAGCUGCUUGAUUCGACUUUGCACAUCACGUAAUCAGCUCUUAGAAGGGCUGUUCGUACGGGAUAUGUAGGAUGAGAGUCAGACUGAGACUGAAUAGUGCACAAGCGAAUAGUGGGGGGCAAGCUGAUUAUCACCCUCUCCUCAUACUUCCAUCAUAUCCUACUCCUACUUUACCCCAUACUCCACACACAUUACCUAUCAUCCUCUUCUCCAUACACUAUAAUACGAUAAUAGAGAAAUCUCUGCUUAUUUAAUUUGGGUGAAGCUAUAUCUCAUUAUAAAAAAGCUCGACAACUUUGAGACAGCUGCUCCAAAAAGGAUAAAAUUAUAAUACUUUGGAAAGGUCCCAAAAGAAGAAUGUACAAUAAAAAAAAUAGGGUGUUCCACUUAAGAAAGCUCAAAGCAAUCUUGACUUGAAUUUAGCGACGCUGUUCAAGGUUAAACUGAUAAGGCCAAUAAAUUUAAACCCUACGACUUUUGUUCGAGACAUUUUUCUAUAGAACUUCUUUUUUCGAGACAUUUUGUCGUCCCAGAAUUUUUUAUACGUCCUAUACAUACACAUAUAGGGUAUCUUAUAAAAAUAGGGAGUUCUACUUAAAAAAGUUUAAAGCAAUCUCGACCUGAAUUUAGCGACGCCAUUCGAGAUCAAACUGAUAAGGCCAAUAAAUAUAAACCCUACGACUUUUGUUCGAGACAUUUUUUUAUAGAACUUUUUUUCGAGACAUUUUGCAGUCCUGGAAUUUUUUAUAUGUCCCGUAUAUACAUAUAUAAAGUAUCCUAAGAUUGACGCCCACUGCGAGAAUACUGUGCAAUUUUCCGUACCAGAGAAUGUAAUUAUCUCCUUUGGUAAAAUUUCUUUCGAACGAUAAUUUUUAAGUAAAAGUACUUGUUUCGUAAAGUUCAUGCAUCCUAUAUUAUGUGUGGAUCAAGAAUAAUAUAUCUUUUGCAGUCGCCGACAUGACGACUUAUAUUGGAUAUGUAAUCUUGUAUUUUGCUAAAAACUUUACAAAAAUUUUCCAAGGAUUUUACAAAAGAUUAUACAACUAUUCAAGACAAUAUGGAUACAUGCGAUCGUGUUGCAAAACACGAUGAAUUAUGGAAUAGCAUAUAAUUCACAUGUGCUGUGGAUAAACUGACGAAAUGAUACAAUUGAUUCUCAGCUUUCUGACUCUGUCAUUGAAAUUUCUUAAACUUCUUUUGCCACAACCAUCCACGUUUUGUCCAUGUGCAGUAUAUUUCCGGCAAAUGCUUCCGUUGCCUUUUCUCCGUAUAGCCGAGUCUUUAAAUAUUAAAUAAUGUUUCUCUUAAAAUGAUGGUAAUAUUCAGAUAUUACGCACGUGUGGGUUCGUGAUAAAUUUUUUGCAAAAUGCGAGAAAAAUGGUUUGUCUCGCACGAUGACUUGCGAUUCCGUUAUUUGCGAGCGCAUACUGCCCUUGAUUCACGCGCAACUUACAACUCUGAAAUUCGUGGAAUUUUAAAUUGCUCAUUUAAAACUAUUGUUCGCAUGUAACUUUGCCGUAGGAAAAAGUUGCGUUUUCUGAUACAGAAAAUCGCACACGAGGUGCACUCCGUGAGUGCGAAUUUCAGGAUACCCUCUGCGUGUGCGUGUGCGUGUGCGUGUAUAUGUGAGUACGCGCGUGCGCAUGUGCAAACAAAAAGCGAAACAAACAAUACAAGAAAAACAAACGAAAAAGAGGAAAGAUAUAUAUUAAAGGAUAUAAUAAUCGUUAGAUCAUAGGCAGCUUUUGCUCUAACAGUAAGGAAAAUGUAAUCGUGUAAUCAUAUAUUAAUUAACAGAACAAAUCACGUUCAUUGGGACGUGUAACGUGGGUUAGAGUAAACUUUCCAAUUCGCCCUGAUUAACCUUUUUCUAUUGCUGAUAUACAUGAAUAAAUAAAAGAAAUAUUAACGAAUAUAAUAGAUAGGGUAGGUAGGGAAAUAGAUACGCGAGCGUACAUAUUUUUCCGUGCGCCGAUUAUGGCUCAGUUUCACUUGGCGAUCGCGUCAUUCUAUUCUUGUUUUUCAAUGGACAUUAGAAACAGAAUGACGUUCACCUACGCCGACGCGAUUGCCAAGUAGAAUUUAGCCUCUGACAGAUGUAACAGAUGAAAAUACUCCGUAACCAUGACAUUAUUGAGGGCACGUUUUAGGUGAAAGAGAUACGAAAUCGAGAUUAAAUGUUCGAGUAUUAAGCAUAUUGUAAAAGAAAGAAACUGAUCGAACCGAGAAGGAAUUAUGUAGUACCGUUGAAACAAAAAAUUAAUGAAA